AUGGCAUGUAGGGGCGGUUGCUGCUGCGGCUCCGGUCCACUAAACGAGGAUAACGCGAGGUUCCUGCUGCUGGCGUUGUUCAUCAUCAUUUAUCUCCUGUGCGGGGCCGCUGUCUUUUCAGCGCUGGAGCAGCCCAAGGAGCGAGAGGCGAAGGAGCGCUGGGCGCAGAGGUUUGAACAUUUCAGCCAAAAGUACAACCUGAGUAAAAAAGACCUGAACAACUUCCUCAGGAACUACGAGGAGGCGAACGUAGCAGGGAUCCGUGUGGACAACGUCAGACCUCGAUGGGACUUUCCUGGGGCUUUCUACUUCGUGGGAACUGUGGUGUCGACCAUUGGGUUUGGGAUGACCACUCCUGCCACCAUUGGUGGGAAAGUCUUCCUGAUGUUCUAUGGCCUCAUUGGCUGUGCCGCCACCAUCCUCUUCUUCAACCUCUUCCUGGAGCGAGUUAUCACCGUCAUCGCUUUUGUCCUCAAGUCCUGCCACGAGCGUCGCCAAAACAAGGCCAUACUCCCGCAAAAUAUCUCCGAGGGAAUUGGAGGAGGCGGAGCCGGGGGAGGUGCAGCAGCAAAAGGGGAGGGUCUGGCGGGCUGGAAACCCUCCGUUUACUGCGUCAUGCUGAUCCUAGGUGUGGCAGCCAUUUUGGUGUCCUGCUGUGCCUCGUUCAUGUACUCGGCAGCAGAGGGUUGGGGCUACCUGGACUCACUCUACUUCUGCUUUGUGGCCUUCAGCACUAUUGGCUUUGGAGAUAUGGUGAGCAGCCAGCGGGUUGCCUAUGAAGGCCACGCCACAGCGGCCUAUCGGCUGGGCAACUUCUUCUUCAUCCUGACUGGCGUCUGCUGCAUCUAUUCUCUCUUCAAUGUCAUCUCCAUCGUCAUCAAGCAGGUCCUCAACUGGCUGCUGAGGAGACUGGAGGCCCCCUGCCGCUGUUGCUUCCCUGGGAGGGGGGGUCACCACCCGCACCGAUACCCACGACGGAAUGUAGUGGCACCAGGCCGCUUGCGUGCUCGCCGAGACCCCUCCAUCGAAACGGACGCUGUGAAUGAAAGUGAGACUGACACUGGGCGCAGGAUGUCCGGGGAGAUGAUCUCCAUGAGGGACUUUCUUGUUGCCAAUAAGGUAAAUCUGGCCAUUAUGCAGAAGCAGCUCUCAGAAAUGGCCAACGGGCAUCCGCGCCAAUCCGGCUCCAGUUCACACCAGAAUGGUUUCUCUGGAGGGGUGGGCGCCCUCGGCAUCAUGAACAACCGGCUGGCAGAAACCAGCGUGGACAGAUAG